AAGGAUUUGACACCGUCGAUGUUUCCUUGCCUCACUCGCGAACUCACCGUCAAAGCAAAAGUCCUGAAAAUAACUAUCGAGGAAGAUUCUUCAACUACACUUCGUUGCGCUUCUCCUGUGUCUGGAUUCAGUCGUCCAUUGCACUUCUUAGUCUGUAUUCUUGGCACAUUUCCUUCUGGACAAGGUCUUGGGAUGGCAGCUUCACGCUAUAAUAUGGAACUCCGGCUGUUAGGGGCCCGCUAUAUCGCGUGCAUGCCCCCUCCUGGGCCCAGUAGGGGGGCCGAAACUCUGCAAACAUGGAUGAGCCUGCAUUCCGGCUCAUAUAUGAUAGCGCUAUUGAAUUACGACUCACAUCGAACCGGAAUGAAGAGAUAAAUAUCACUCGCCUAGAACAAGAACUUGAUUCUCCAACCCGAACCGACCGAACCGACAAUCCGUCAGACUACACCCUUGGUGGAUGUACGGUUGUUGGGCCUAAAAUAAAGAGCCAUAAUGAACCUACCACCCAUGACGCUCUGUCCCCGCUUGAUGCUGACAUUCUAUCUACCAGCACACAUCAGCGCCCUUCUGUGCCAAUUCCUCCUGCGUCGAAGGACGGUGGAAACGGCGUUGUGAUUCCGGAGAUGCUGAUCCAGCCCGUUUCCGUGGCCUCCGAUUUAAAUUUCCCUGACUACUCAGCGGGCCAAACGGACGUUCCAACAGGACGCUCGUCAACUGCAUGCCCCGAGCCCAAAUCGUUGCGUCCCAGUCCCACCCCAUCUUCCUCAGAAGCCCCCAGGCGUGUUCCUCUCGCUGUUGAUCCGUCCCGAAUCCCGACUAACGCGGAGCAAAACAUUCAACAAGAGCCCCAUACAAUGAGGGAUAGUGAAGAAGGGGAUAUCUUUAUAAAGAAGCCACAACUUCAAGGGUCUCCACGCAGCACCCCCAAACCAAAUAGUGCCCCCGGUGGUGCUGACAGAAAGCCUAAAAAGAGGAAGCUGAACAAACAUCAGAGGGACAAGAAAAAACUAGCUGCUAAGCUUGUGGCAGAGCGCAUACAAAGGGAGGAUGGCAGCAAGGGCGUCAUUCCACUGCCAACGACGACGCCGCUGAGCGUGACUACUCUAUCCUCGCCCCAACGGUCCCCAACGGGGGGAGAGGAGCAGGCAAUCAUGGAGCCGGAUCACGAACCGCUCACUAUUCUCCCGACGUCGCUGGAUGCGACUGCUCUGUCUUCGCUCCAACGAUCCCCGAAAGUAGAAGAGCAGCUGGCAGCAGCGGAGCCAAAUCAAGAAACACCCACCAUUCCCCUGCUACCUGGGCCACUGAAGGGUAGCCGAUACUUUGAUCUUUCCGAAUGGGAGGAUAUUGUUUCCCGCGGCGAUAUGCGACUCAAUCACUUUUCAGGUAUCGUAUAUUUACCACUUCUUUUAGACGAGAAUCCCCAGAGAGAUUGGCAUUACAAAAUCCGGCUAAUGGAUGCAUCGGAGGCAAAACUCACUUUUGACUGCUAUGUGGAGAAUGGAUUCUCGCACUGGGUCCCGCCGGUUGAGGUCGGGCACGCUGUGAUUCUCCGCAAUGUCAAGGUAUCUUUGUUGCUAUCACAGCGCAUCCCGGACGCCUUAACCUUCUGUAGCUGAACCCGAGGCACUCAGGCUCUGGCACAGGAUACAAACAUAACCUACAGUGGAUUGUAUAUGAUCCGAAAACGAAGAAACUACUUCCAGAAACACC